UCCCGCCUCUCAAGCCGAGCUCAACCAAUCCAGCGUGCUCAUUCUUGCAUAAUGAGCGCAGACUCGCAGUGGGGAGUGACGCAGAGACUCUGAGUACUUUCCUCGUUAUUUACAAAGAAGCGCUUCGUUCGCGGGAACGGAUUUAUCACUUUUAUUCCUCAAAGCUUCACGACGCCGAACCGCAGACGCGUUGAGAUCAAUGUGAUCGCGUCUGCUCCCGAAAAACGACCUUUCAUGUCGAUGUUGUAGGGAGGAAAUAAAGAUGCCGCAACCGAAAUCGCGAAAGAUCGCCGUCCUGGGCUACAGAUCUGUCGGGAAAUCCUCCUUGACGAUACAGUUUGUGGAAGGCCAGUUUGUUGACUCCUACGACCCCACUAUUGAAAACACAUUUACUAAAACGAUCACAGUGAACGGUCAGGAGUAUCACCUGCAGCUAGUGGACACAGCUGGACAGGAUGAAUACUCAAUUUUCCCACAGACGUACUCCAUAGACAUCAACGGUUACAUUUUGGUGUAUUCCGUCACGUCAAAUAAAAGUUUUGAAGUAGUAAAAGUUAUCCAUGAAAAGUUGUUGGAUAUGGUGGGAAAAGUACAAGUACCCAUAAUGCUGGUGGGCAAUAAGAAAGACCUCCACAUGGAACGUGUUAUCAGUUGUGAAGAGGGUAAAGCAUUGGCAGAAUUGUGGAAUGCAGCGUUCAUGGAGUCUUCGGCGAAAGAGAACCAGACUGCUGUCGAGGUGUUUAAAAGGGUAAUCCUGGAAGCAGAGCGGAUGGACGGUGGCGCUCCACAGGGUCGGACGACCUGCUCCGUGAUGUAGAUGACCACGCCCCUCCAGCUCUGGCCCCGCCCCUCUCCCACAGCUUGUCCCGCCCACUGGAGAACAAGCACAAACCUUUCUAGCAAGCAUGCUUGUUUCUACCUGGUGUUUGUGGUUAAAUAAGCAGCUGUGAUUUAGUUUUUUGGCUUUGAGAUGAUUUGAACAGGGUUAAAUAAACUUUGUAUGAAAUGUUUGCUAGAAAAGUCUGUUUACAAAUGCCCGCCUGGCCCCGCCCACAGCACUGGACACUGGGAUAUCCCUCUACUUGAAGUGGCUCAAUGCCUGUUUUCCUCCAUAGAAAUGUUGGCUUUUUCUUUUCAAACCUUUUAUACGUCACUUUCAUUUUAACUUGUCCAGUCGAGUGUGAUUCGUUUUAUUAUUAUUAUUAUUAUUAUUAUUAUUAUUAUUUUGGAAGAAAGUGUUAUAUGAAUAACCUACAUCCUCUCUGCUUCAUGUGUUCAGCGUCUUCAGCUUUUUGUUUUCAUGCAUCUAUUUUCUACCUCUCUGUCCCGUUUGUAUUGUUUCUUAAAACCGUAAUUAUGGCCAAUCAAGUUGCAGCAUUCACUCAUUCUGUACUGAAUGUUGAACUUUUUUGAUUGUAAAAUCAUUAAACGCAGCAUUUUGUUUCA